CAAAACACGAAGCCUGACGGUCUUCUCAUUUCUUUCGGUCGCUGACGAUAAGUUUUCGACUUCUCUUCUCUUUUUCGAUCUCUCUUUUGUUCGAUCAAUCGAUCUCAGUACUCUCAAUGGCGGAUCAGCUGACGGAAGAUCAGAUCUCGGAGUUCAAGGAGGCCUUCAGCUUGUUCGACAAGGAUGGAGACGCUAAAGAAGAAGCAGCUCAUCAGCACCAAUUUAUUUUGCAUGCUGCUUUAGAUAUUGUUCAGGACCUUGCAUGGACAACAAGUGCCAUGUUUUUGAAGGCCAUUGACAGGUUCAAUGACUUGGUGGUGUCUGUGUAUGUAACUGCUGGUCACACUAGAUUGAUGCUGCUUCAUGAUUCACGUAAUGAGGAUGGGAUAAAAAGUUUUUUCCAAGAGGUUCAUGAGCUUUACAUUAAGGUAAUUCUGUUGCUUCUCAUCUACAUUUUAUACUGAAAGAACUUCUCGGCCACAUUUCAUCUUUUUUAAUUCUAACAACAAAUGUUGAUUCUUUUUGCAUAUAUAAUUCGUAUUCUGUAUUGCUAGAUGCUUAUCUUUUUUUCAAAUUGUCUCACAUCUUUGUUAUCACUUUCUAAGUCUGGUGCUCAACAGCCUCAACCGCCUCUCGAAGCCAGAGCCACCCAUGCUGUAAUUGUCAACACUCUCUUGAAGUCCUUCUACAAAUCUUUGGGGUUGGCUGUUUGAGUUGUUUUCCUGCUUUCACAUUCAUAACUGCUGACUGCUGCUAUCUAUGUAAAUGUUCUCCUUUAUCCUGACUGCUGCUAUCUAUGUAAAUGUUCUCCUUUAUCCUGACAUGGUAUUGUCAUUGAAAAGAAGAUGGGAUUGUUCAUGGAUGUCCUCAUGGUUCAAAGGCAUUUUGGGUUACUUGCAAUGGCAUCUUGCUAACUUUCAUUGUUCUUGAGCUCAAUGGCAUUUUGUUUGCAACUUUGCAUCUUGUUAACUUCUGUUGUGAACACUGCAUCAUAUUGGUAAUCCUUCCUUGUU